AUGGCGGGCGAGCAUAAUGUCGACUCAGAGCUCGUCAAUAAAAGCGAGAAAACGGACAGAAUAAAAUGUUCGCAUUGUAAAAAAGUUGUUGUGAAGUUCAUUAAAUGUGCCAAGUGCGACUUUGAUUAUCAUCCAGCAUGUUUUGUGCAAUCCGGCGAGGCCAAAAAUGCAUCCUGCGUGCACGUGCCGAAGGAAGUUCCGGACAGCAACGAUGUAAAUGAACCCAUAGGCCAUGGUGAGCACUCACAUCAAGAAAUAAAUCUGCUGAAGAGAAUUAUCCUGGAGCAGGAAGAAAAAUUCAAGAUCCUCAUGGAUAAUAACAAAUUACUACAAGAAAAUGCAGUGUAUCUGAAAACAAUAAUAGAAUCUCUAGAAAAAACCGUGCAAUCCUAUAACAAGGUAGGCCAAGAAAAAAAUCAGCAAAAAAGCGCCAGUUCAGCAUCAACAUCAACAACCUUGAAAGCAGAAAACUCCAUGAAACAACGGACCGAUUGGUGCGAGCUCGCUGACAAUGGAACAUCAAAACCACGGAUGGAUUCUGAGGCAAGCCAUGGAACCACAAAUUCGGGGAUCUCUCCCCCUUUUGCUGCAGGAAACUAUGCCAGCAUUGGCAAUGUCGAUGAUUUGGACAGAAGAAAUUGGAUUAGAGUAAUCGAUGUCGUGAAAUUAGAUGACGUAAUGUGUAGAGAGAACAGUUCUCCUUUAUUUGUAACUAUCAUGGAUAUUACAAAUAUUUAUAUAAACUGA